CCACUUUUUAGCAAGACAGAGUUUGGUGUCCCACGCGUCAAAUAUUCCUUUGCUCCCACAAUGAUGGAUGUUCCGGACCCGCCAACGAUUCCACACACGUCGGAAGAUGUUCCAGACUCACCCAAUCAUUUUUACGUGUUAAAGAUCCCGCUGUAAAUGCGCGCGCGCGUGUGCGGUCAAAGGGUAAAGUAGAAAGAAUAUGAUCCCAUAUAUAGAUAUACUUGAUGAUGUUAAAAAGCGAUUUUCAAAAUCCGAUAUCUCGGAAAAUAUUCAGCCGCAUUAAAAAUCCUUUGAAGUAAAGUCUUAAGUAUAUCAAAAGGGUUCGGACAAUGUAGCAAAAAAUAGACGACCGUUGAAUCUGUCCUGAGUCUUGAGUCUUGGAGAUAGCAAGAGAGCAAAAUUUUUUGGUGAUGUACAAAAGGAUUGACGAAAAGAUACAACGCACUGCGUCAGCGCCAAAAUGCGUUCAAUAUUUGCGCGCUUGCGCCCCGCGCAGUGUCCAGUACAAGUAGCUGUCGUGAGCCGCUUAGUACUUAGUUUCCAGUAUUAAAAGAAGUUUUUCGAAAAAUUACGCGACGCGGUUUGUCGUCGUCAUAUAGAUCUCUUUGCAACAAGCGAGCUCAACGAGAACAUUCGAACUAUUCGAAUUGUGACAGCUCGUAUGAAUAGAUAAUAAAAUUGCAUUGCGAUCGCAUAUAAACAGUGCGUGAUCGUAAUGGCGAUUUCUGUAAACAUUUGAGCUGGUGCAUUAUUCAAAAAUAAAUGUUCGCAAUAAAGUUUGACGCAAUUAUUCGAUGUUAGAAAUCUUCAAAUAAGAAGUGAACCGAUAGUCCCGAGAGCUUGAUUGAUUUUGAUGGAUUGACACUUCCUUCAAACUUAUCGAGUUGUACAACCGCCUCCAUUCGAAUACACCAUGUCCCUGCAUACUGCUGGCAUCGAUAUAGUAGCGUCCGUUGUGAACGAGAGCUGCUUUCGUUGUGGUUCAGGGCCACCGCCGAAUUCAAUUUUGCACAUUCCACCACCACCGAUACCAACGUUUUUACAAUAUGGAUCGAACGUGUAUUCGAACGCAGGAGUGCUCAUAAAUUUGGCUUACUUGAACAACAGCCUGUGCAAGCACUCCUGUAACUGGCGAACCGAGGGUGUUCAAUACGUUGAAAUGCCACACAAAGGAACACUUCUCGACGACACUUGGCUCCCCAUACUCAUAUCCUCUUGCGUCGGUGUUAUAUUUGUCGGUUUAGUCUUAGCAGCCUUCGUAUUGAGAUACAAAUUCAGUGGGAGCGUGAAGAACAGCUCGAUGUCAAUAACCCCGCCAACAUCGUGCACCGAAUCAAAAAAUGGACGAAUGCAAAGUGAAACGAUCCUUUAUCCCUGCGCUGUGGAUAACAUCCAAGACAGCCGUUUAAUGUGGGCGACUCUGACACCUCGCGGGACAAUGCGACAUUAUCUCGAAGAGCACACGUACGAAACAAUCGCCAACGGAUCAUCCCAUAAGCAUAACUACUCGCCGGCUUCGACCGAACAUAUGUACACCCAGCCAUCUAGCUUGCAGCCAGUUCACCGACGUUCCAAAGCAGAGGACAAAUCCUUCGAUAAUACAGCAUUCAUCGAUUACGAGGAACCCUUAUCGUUGAAUUCCGAGAAUUAUCAGCCUACCGAUGACGAUAGAGAAUCGGUUGAAGCAGAGCUGAAUGGAACACAAAAGUCGUCUACUUUACGUCCACGAGUAAGCUCUCCAACGAGAAUUGAGCAUCCGAAUUUACCCCCGCUAAACUUAUAUCCAAAGAAGUACGGAUCGUUCAAGCCUCCUGGGAACCAUCAACAAACGUCAGAUACAUUAUUCAAGGGCAACGGCGUGCACGCAGCGAAAUCUUCACCGACCGGUGAAUCGCACAAACAAGUUACGUUUUAAUAAUGAAAUUAAUCGAAAAAUACAUGCUACCGUGUCAUUAUCAUGGCAAGCGUUUCGCGUACUACAAAAAAAAAGUACUGAUCUCAAGUACGGAGAAACUCUCGUACGUAACAUUAUCGUCAUAGGAUUUCAGUAAGCUUUCAUAAUCAUUAUACAAAAAGUGAUAAAGCUAUAUGUAUAGGUGUCAUGUGCAAUUUAAAUACAAAAAUAUCAUAUGCUACCCACAA